CAGUUACUGUAUCUGUGAUAUACAACGUAAUAUGUUUAGCAUUAUUUAUUGCCAUCAUAAUUUAUAUUAAUUUUAUGCUUUUGUAUCAGUAUUAUCUUUGCUUUGCAAUACAAUAUCGCGGUGGUACUUAAUAUCCAUAUUACUUUCAAAUUACUGAUUGCAACAUGCCCGGGCUAAAGAUGAUUGAUUCCACGUUGGUCUAAUAAUGGUCGAUUAAUUGUGAUCUAAUAUAUUAUUAUUGGUUGAAUAUUUAUAAAUAUAUCUGCCACUACACUACGAUGCGUAUUUGCAUUACUGUGCGCGAUUUAUAUGCGCUGCGCUUACAGCGGUCAAAGAAUUGUUGGAUGGGCUUGUAUAUUGAAUUAUUCUACAAUUCAGUUUUUCGUAAGUAUCGGUGAUAUGUAUCAUAAUGUAUGUUAUGUGUCACCACGUUGGUCUAGCCUUGGCUUGCAAUACGUAUUUAUGCAACAAACAACAACAACAAUACGUAAUAAAUCAUCGUUUUUGGUUACUGUGAACAGUUGUACUUGUUGCUUGGCGUUGACCCUCUCCCAUUUGACGGAAAGGAGAGGUCUCGAAAACAACAUGUAUGAUAUAACUGCCAUGAAACCGUAAUUGUCAAAUGCGGUACUCGUUUGGAAGCGCUAUCAUGAAAGCACAACGAUUUCAAGAUCGCUAAAAAUACUCGUAAAUGCUACUAAUAUAUGAAAAUGUUAUAUUUAAUUGCUGACUUACCAACCGUAUAUUGCAUAACUAUAUACUUAUUUUGUCAUAUUGCAUGGUCAAUACUUAGGGUAGUAAUGAAGCCCUCACAAUUUGACCUUAGCUGCGUCGUAUGCUUUCAAGUUUCAGUUUUUAGCUUUUCUUAUUAUCUACUUUGAUAUUUACUUAUUCACUGGAAUCACUGCUGGUUCAAGAUUACUGCAAAGCCAUAAAUCAUCGAAAUAUUAUUUAUAAUAAUGCUUACUCCCAAGCCACUGAAGCAGCACACAAAAUUAAUUUGAUAUUAUUAUUAUUCCUGCACGUACUCCAUUCUGCUCAAAUAAGCCAUGCCACCCGCGGCGGAAUUGACAGUUAAACCCAGCUAUCCCAUUGCCGCCAAGCUGAAAGGUCCCGGGCCUGGAACAUAUCUGUUACCCAGUGCAAUCGGAUGGCGAAAUCACAACCCCACUCUAAAACGGUGUCCAGCGUACACUUUCAGGAUGCUGCUCACAAUAAAGAGUAAAGGCACAUCGCCGGGGCCGCAGUAUGGAUUCUCACCCAAAUUAACCAACCGAGGAAUUGUCCAUGCGCCGGCAUUUUCCAUGGGAGCUCGUUUACCGGAAGCUAGGGGCGACAACACUCCGGGGCCAGGCGCACAUAACGUCGAGAGGAAUUUUCCAACAAAAUACAGAUCUCCUGCUUGGCAUAUGGCAUUACCAGCGCUUAAGGACAAACCCAAUUCCAAUCCUGCUCCUAACGUGUACGAAAUUCCGUAUAUUACCGGCACCAAGCAUCCUUGUUUCACUGACACGCCACGAUUCACAAUGCGUAUUAAACCGUUGAUUGGAGGAUUCACGCAAGACUUCACCAAGACACCCGGCUCGGCGGCCUAUACUGCGGUCAAUUUGGAGAAAAUCAAGCAGCGAUCCCCGGCCUACACGAUGCAGGACAGACGACCUUUGCCAAUGGGUUUCCACGUACCUGGUCCAGCCGCCUACACACCAUCCAUGAUGAACAAGCCCCGCUAUCCAUCCUAUUCCCUGGCUUCGAAGCAUUCCCCGUACACAACGCCAUACAAAGAAAACAAUCCUGAUCUAGCCCUGCACUGGGAUUACUAAAUCAAUAACUGCAAGCUGUCAAUCAAUGCAACAACGCAGAUGCACGGUAAACGAAGUGGAUGCAAAACCCACAGUCACUAAACGAGCCCGAACGUGUUGGCACUAGAUGCCAAUGCCUCAUCCUGGCCUUCGAUAACAUUCCCGUCUUCAUCAAAUCGACUGCAACGCUUCUUCCACUGACACGAUUUACACCAGAGAUCACGGCGAGAUAUUCCGUACAUUUUCCGACAACGAUUACCACGGCCCCGGCUCUUCCUCAAUCCUCCUAAUUUCAGCUUGGGUGGCAUGGCAGUUUCUGCUUUCUUCAUACCGGCAACCUACAAAAUUUCAAAGCAAAUUAAUACUAGUCUAAGGAAGCUCAUUGUCUGCACCUCAAAAUCUGUUAUAGCCACGCCAGAAGACCAGAACAGCACGGUAUUACUGAUACGGUGAUACCGUAUCAGCAAUUCAUGAACAUGAACCACGGCACUUAUUGCGCACAGGCCCACGGUUACGGCUACAAGGAACAGUUUAUACUGAAGGAUAUGAUCCGAAAAUUCUUUUCGAAGCUUACUGGUGAACUGAAGCAAGAAACAGGAAAAAAAACAAGCCUAUUCGAACGGUUGAAUUUGAUGCAUUCAACACCUCGAGCGACAAAAAAAGCAGACAAAGCCGCCUGGAAGAUUCAAGAUACAGAUUUUCCUUUCCUUCACGUUAACGGAAAACUGAAGAAUAUAUCUGCGGGCCGGAAAUAUCUGUCGGCAUACUUCCGGUCCCGUGAGAGUACUUGACAAUUGUAAUAACCCGCAUUUACCCCAUUUUUAUUAUUCCGUCGCUUUUUUAUCCGUUGGGGACCGUUUUCGGCGGUUCGAUCUGAAGGGGUAGUUUUGGUCACUCUUAUACUGAUUUCGCCCAGAGAAGAUGCUGCACUUCCCACUUGGGCACCGCUUCCUGGCUGCGAAGAUAAUGUGGUCUGAAAUGUUGAAAUAUCUUUUUACAAACGGGCUCACUUUUAGAAAGGGACCGAGAGCAACCAACAGUUUU